GUAGUACAUAGCCUGAGAGAUAACAAGACCUAUUUCUAUACUCUUGCCACUUUCACAAUGGAUAGGUCACUACCGAGUUUCAUUUCCAUUCUAUUAUUUACCUUUACAAAUAACUUAGUUGCUGCUCAGUGCCCGGAUGGAUUUGUGAACCACGGAAACUCGUGUUAUCAUUUUAGUCAUGACACUGAAACUUGGCUUGAUGCUCUAGAUGCAUGUGAAAAGCUUUACAGUGCUUACCUUGCUGAAAUAGAAGGACCAGAUGAAAAUAAUUUCCUGACCAACGAGGUCAAUCUUCUCAGAUCUGAUUUUUGGAUUGGUGCCAAUGACAUGCAGGUAGAAGGGGAGUGGAAAUGGUUCACGUCAAAAACUGACGUAAAAUACAGCGCAUGGUCACCCGGAAACCCGAGUAACAGUUAUGAUGAUGAGAAUUGUAUGGAAUUCCAUGAUGGGGACGGGACAGGGCCGCUAAAACCCCUUUGGAAUGAUAAGACAUGUCACGUGUUCCAAAGAUACAUUUGUGAGAAGGCAAAGGAGGACAGCGAAAUUGUCGGAUGAGCUUGGAGAUGAUGAAUGUUUUUUAUCAUGAUUAAAAUGCUUUUCAUCAUUAAUAUACUGCAGUAUACUAUUAAUUUGUGUUUAUGUUUGACGUAGGUGUUACUGAUAAUUACACUGGAGGGGUUGA